AUGGGCGACCGGGUCCGACGCUCAUGGGCGUCACGAGAAGGUCGUACGAUUCUUUCCCUGAUUUUGCUGAAUGGUUUGGUGUACUUGGCAUGGAAGAGCAGACCAGGCGGACCGCCGUUCAUGUGGCGUCAUUUUGCCUGCUCGCUCGAGUCGCUCUACGCAGGGCGGACGCACACGCUCCUCACCAGCUCCAUAUCACAUAUGGGUUUCUUGCAUCUUCUGGGGAACAUGUUUCUUCUCGCCAAUUUCGGUCUAGAUGUGUGCAAAGUGCUCGGUCCAUCGCGCUUUCUCACCUUAUACGCCGGAGGUGCCUUUCUCUCCUCGGCGAUGAGUCUACUUUACAAAAGGUUGCGGUUGUCGGGUGCGGUCUCCAUCGGUGCGAGCGGUAGCGUCAUGGCGGUUUUGGUCAUGUUUGCGAUGCUUUUUCCGCGUUCAUCCCUUUACGUCAUGGGCAUCAAGAUGACUGCACAGGAAGCCUGUCUGCUGUGGGUGCUCUUCGACGUCAUCGGUGUCGUCGGGCGCUUCGGCUACAUCGACUUUGCUGCGCAUUUGGGCGGAGCGAUCUUUGGUUAUCUCUAUUUCGUGUACAUAGAAGAACAUCUGCGAGAGGAGUUGGCGUUGCGCCGCAGAGCUCGACGCUGGGGACUCGGUAGCCGCACGACCGAGGGUCCUGCCUCCGGUGGUGGUAGUCUCCUCAGUCGCCUCGACGCUGUUCUGGAGUGGUUGCAGCGUCGUCGGGAUCCGACACAGCGGCGAACCGCUGAGCGUGCCGAUGAACAGAGUCGACGAGCGGACAGCGGCUGGGAUAGCUGGUUCGGGCGUCAGUUUUGGGGUACCCCGACAACGGCAGCUCAAGGCGAGCGGCCUCAACCGCAAAAGACAUCGACCCCGGAGAAGGAACCGGGGACUGUCUGGGAGCGCUUGAGGCGCUUUUUCUUCGCUGACUCGAACGAUGAUAAGCACAAGUGA